UUCUAGUUUAAGGUCUCCUGCGUCAUUGCGCACGUGCACGUACCUAGCAUCUCAUCUACGAGAUCAUCGCUGUUCUUCCAACCUCACUCUAGAGAUGGCUAUCAUGGUCGAGCUCUACAUUAUCGUAAUGCACGAAACACCCAGCGUACUUUGAUGUCGUCUUUGCUGGAAUCGCCAAGGCCCGGUCACUGCCGCCACUUUAUUGGUCUUCGCUCGCUUUAGGCGUCCACGACUACCGUUUAUUCUAAGAACAAUGUCGCCACUACUUACACACCAUUCGUCGCAAGCGGUAGCUUGUUGUUAUGCUGGACUAAUUACUCACGUAGUCAAUAUUUUGAGCCUUUGAUUCGUAGAAACAGCGCGUCCCUCAGCGUGCACAGCGCUCUUUCAAUCAGUCGCGAUGCGCAACCUCAACGGCUGCCGUGUAGUCCUCCUCCUCGCGCCAGCAGUCCUCCUGCUUUUCCCAGUCUCGGUCCUGGUCUUUGCCCUCGAACGCAUCUCCAAGAAUCUGCUCCUCGAUCACACAUACCGCAACUUUCGCAACGGCGCAUUCAUGCUCACACUCAACGGCCGCACCUCCACAUCUUCCACCGCUGCCGCCGACAUCGAUAUUACCAUGCGCAUAGAUAAUGCACCGUCGCUAGCUAUACUAGGCGUAUGUGUUGCGGCUUAUAUUGUCUGUGCUAUCAAUGCGUUCGGGAUUUGGGAGCUGAAGAAGGUUGAGGGCACACAUGGACAUCAAAGGAUGUGGACGUGGAUCGCGGCGAUUAGCAACAUACUCCUUGUCGCGCUGAGCCUUGCUAUAUUUGGGUGGGCAAGCUCACUGCAGAGUAGCAACACUGGCUGGCAGACCUACGAUGAUGUACAGAAACAGGACCAGGAAUUCACGCGCGAGACCUGGUCUUGUCAGAUUGAGCGCUUCUAUGCGAGCGAAGGGUGGGCGACCGCUGCGUGCGGAACAGCAAGAGCAACCAGGUUCUUACUUAUUCCUAUGGCCAUCUUCGCCUUGCUUGUUUUAGUUAGCCUCUGGGUCCUAGCUCGUCAACGAGGUGGAUUCAAAUGGCUUUGUGGAGGCAAAGGUCGAUAUGCAGGAUUCGACAACGUCUAUGAACUCCAACAAGGCAGUCAUCCGGCACCGUAUGCGCAAGGUCCACCUCAAUGGGCUCCACAGCCUCACUAUGUCAUGCCACCUGUUCAGCAAUGGGGACCAGCUCCGGUACCUCAAUCGGUGUUUCCAGGAGGAAACAUGAGUGUUCCGACUGACGGAGGGCACAAGUUUAGAUGAUUAAAAAGAUCAUUGAAUCCGCAAUUGGGAGGUUUUCAUUACUGUAGCCUCUCAUCACAAGCUUCACAGUGCGUCUCAUGCAACCCUCCCUCAAAUCAUUUUGUAUCUGUGAUGGAAUUCAAUUGAAGCUCUACGGUUUUCUUCUGAUGGCUACAAAGUUCAAUGACGCACACAAGUGCUGCAAAACAUUCGUCAAAACUAUUGUACCCAGCAGUCGUUGAGCGUACGAUUUCGAGUUGUCCGUCAUUUGCGUAGGCGUGCGGCGGU